GGCCGCUAUAAUUGACGGCGCUGGAGGGGCGAAAUAAAAAGCGGCAUGCUGCUUUCUCCUCGUCGUCUCCACCUCCGAAUCCCUCACUGCUGCAGCCCUGCUCCGGCUCCGUCUGCUCUUCUCGGCGGCUCGGGUGUGGUGCGGAGGCUCGGAUCCGGGGCACGGCGGCGCGGGGCGGUCGCCAUGGCAACCGACGGCCGCGUGGAGCGGAUCGCGUCCACCAUCCGCGUCAUCCCCGACUUCCCCAAGCCAGGUAUUUUGUUUCAGGACAUCACAACAUUGCUUCUCGAUCCGCAGGCGUUCCAUGACACAACUGACCUCUUUGUCGAGCGGUACAAGGACAAAGGGAUCACUGUAGUUGCUGGUGUUGAAGCAAGAGGAUUCAUUUUUGGUCCUCCCAUUGCACUAGCCAUAGGUGCAAAGUUUGUUCCUAUAAGGAAGCCGAAGAAAUUACCUGGUGAGGUCAUCUCGGAAGAGUAUUCUCUGGAGUAUGGCACCGACAAAAUUGAAAUGCAUGUAGGAGCUGUGUUACCCAGUGAUCGGGCUCUUAUUGUGGACGAUCUAAUUGCCACUGGGGGAACCCUUUGUGCUGCUGCCAAACUUAUUGAGCGCGUUGGAGCAGAGGUGGUUGAGUGUGCUUGUGUUAUUGAACUGCCAGAGUUGAAGGGCCGGGACAAGUUGGGCGACAGGCCAGUUUUUGUCCUUGUGAAGGCGGACUAAGUAGGAUGAAGCGAGUUACCUUCGAGUUGUUCUCAUUGUGUUUCCCUUCUGGAACUAUACUGGAAGCAACAACCCAAUCUUAGCUAGUUCCUAUGUGGAGCUGCUCAAUAAGAAUUCUAUCUUUAGAUUUGUCAGCGUGCAAAUUAUUUGGGAAUGCAGACUUGAUUGCUGUUCCUUGUAAUACACAUAUUUCUGUCCGAAAACGGUGCAAAUUAUCCAUGGCAAUCAAGGAUAGUUCAUAUUUGUUGCUAUUGCGAGCAUGA